AUUGUUUUAUUGUAUUGUCCUAUAAUAGAUCUAAAUGUGAUAAAAGAAGAAGAGUCUAAAGCCAAAUGUGAAGUAUGCAAGGUCAUAAUGGAUGUGGUCAAGAAAGAAAUCAAGGGCAAGAAGAAUAAGGAAGAAAUCAAGAACUUAGUCCAUAAUAUAUGCAAGAAAGUACCAAAAUUGGUUCGACACGAGUGCCACAAGUUCAUAGACAAGCAUGCUGACCACGUGAUUGACAUGCUCGUGGAUAAAGUGGACCCAAAAAAAGUGUGCCACAAGUUGAAUCUUUGCCAAGUUAUGUCUGUACCGAGUACUGAAAUUAGCAUAAACGUAAUAUUCGAUGUUUCUUCACAAGUAGAAUAUUCAAAAGGUUUAUGUAAAGUGUGCAAGAUUGUAAUGGAUGAGGUCAAAAAAGAAAUAAAAGGAAAAAAUGAGGAGGAAAUUAAGAAUCUAGUCCACAAUAUAUGCAAAAAUGUACCAAAAUUGGUACGACAUGAGUGCCACAAGUUCGUGGACAAGUAUGCUGACCACGUGAUCGAUAUGCUCGUUAAUAAACUGGACCCAAAAGAAGUGUGCCACAAGUUGAAUCUGUGCCAAGUGUUGCCCAUACACUUUAUUGAACAGUUGUACAAAAUAUUCUAUAUAUCGACACAAGUACGACAAUCCAAAGAAGCCUGUGGAAUGUGCAAGAAGGUGAUGACGACGAUUGAAAGAACUAUGCAAAACAUUGAAGUGGUACGUACAUGAUCAUACAACUAUAGUAAAAUUUUGACAG